GCUCGCCGAGCGUGCAAGAAGUGCAGUAAGUGCCAAGCCAUAGGCGGGCCAGAUAGCUACGCGCCAAUAGCUGGUUUCGUGUCUGCAUGAGUGCGGCGCAGUGCCUCAGGCUGCAAGCGAUUCGGUCUGGUUCGCCUUUGCAUUUUGUAAGCUAUUCUGGGCGCCAGUACCCAGCUUGCUGAGAAGGGCAUGAGGACGAGACAGUCGGAAAAGAGGCGGAGGCCGACGCGAAGAAGGACCGGUCGUUGACAUACCCUUGCUUAAGUAAGCGUCCAGGUCCACCUUAGCUGUGCCGCAUCUUCUCUUCCUGGUAUCAUGAACAACUUCGCGCGGCCGACGCACGCUUCAUCAGAUCUGUUAUCAUUUCAAGAGUGCUUGGCGAAAGCGACUUCGAUCGUGGCACUUGUCGGAGCCGGACUGAGCGCACCUUCAGGCCUGAGCACUUUCAACAGCACUGAUGGGAUCUGGAGUGUCCAUGAAGCAGCUACGCUUGCUACUCCAGAGGCCUUCGCCAGUGAUCCUCGCCGCGUAUGGCAGUUCUAUGCUCAGCGACGUCAAGAUGCUCUUGACGUGCAUCCAAAUGCUGGCCAUUAUGCGCUUGCCGAAGCGUCGAAGCGGAAUGCCGGGUGGACUACCCUGAGCCAGAAUGUUGAUGGUCUGAGCGAACGCGCUGGACAUCCUCUCAGCCAGCUAAUUCUACUACAUGGGACACUAUUCGACGUACGGUGUUCAGAUCCCAUCGGCUGUGGAUACUCAUCGAGAGACCUUGCGAAUGCCUCCACGAAACUUUUGGAAAGUGGCGAUUCGGCGACGACGAACAAUGGGAUAUGCUGUCAACAAGAUCGCAGUGGCAAGGAUCUAGAGGUUGCAGGUUGUCCACAAUGCAAUCUUCCUCUGCGGCCAGGCGUCGUAUGGUAUGGUGAGAAGCUGGAUGCCGGCAUCUUGGAGAUGGUGAGAGAAUGCUUCAGCAGACCUGACGGUAUCGACAUCAUGCUUGUUGUAGGGACGUCGGCGGAGGUUUACCCGGCGGCGGGCUACAUCAAUGUGGCUCGGGCUCGUGGGGCGCGAAUUUGCGUCCUGAACGCGGACGCCAAUGUUAAGCGGCAAGCUGGCCUCCGAGAUGGCGACUGGUUUUUCGAGGGCGAUGCGUCUGAGUUGUUGCCGAUAUUGCUGGAACCCAUAAUUGCAACACGUGGAUGAAUACUGGCAUGUCUCUUAUGGUCUCAUUUUCGAACUGAUCGAUUCAUAGCUUAGAGCUGGAUGCCGGCAGCCUCCAGUAUGGAGCGUGUCUCCGC